UUGAAUCUCGCGCAUUUUUCAUUUGCAAAUCUCCAUAUCGCAGCUGCACUCAAACUGCUUUAUCGGGCUCGUUAUCUGCUACUCGUCAUCCACGGAGAAAAUCAUCCGUUGAUGGCCGAGAUAGAUGCUAAUAUUGGUGUAAUACUCUAUGCCGUGCAGGAGUUUGAUGAUGCACUGAAGUUUCUACAAAACGCACUGAAAUUGAAUCAAAUCUACUUGGAGCCUCGCGCUCUCAAAACGGCUAUUAUUUACCACUUGAUGGCGCGAACAUACUCAUGCCGGGGUGAUUUCCGUACUGCUCUUCAAAUGGAAAAGGAGACGUUUACAAUUUACUCAAAAACAUUCGGUAGUGAGCAUGAGAAGACAAAAGAAAGCAGCGAAUGCUUGAAACAUUUGACGCAGCAGGCUGUUACUUUCCAAAAACGAAUUAAUGAAGCAAAUCGACAAGGUGCAAACAACAUCGGCCAGCUUCUUCCUAUUGAGGUU